UUCCGCCAGUCUGACGUAUAUACAGUUGUCGCAGGUUCUCCCGAGAUUCUUGUCGCGUGCAGUGAGUCCUGUCGUCCGCUCGUCGAUUGUCGGUUCUGUUUUCCAGCGUAGCGAUUUAUUUGUCACUACGCACUGACCGCGCGACCGCGAGGUUGUCGUCCGAGCGCGUUAUUCUCACUGUCUCCUGUUUUUUGCCGUCACUUGCGGAAAGCUGUGCCAGACGUCAAUUACGAAAUCGCGUAGGAUUUUCAAAUCGAGGGAUGUCUCGCAGUGAUAGCGGGGCGAGAUAAUAGUUCGUUGUGUGGAAGAAUCCGGCGACAAUUUCGAGACUUGCAAUGUACGAAAUUCUGAAGAAAUAAAAUCUGAUUUCAUGUAUAUAUCUGACUGAAUCUUGAUUUUCGAAAAAGAUGCACGAGUUUCUCAAAGAAUGAUCGACUGCGUGUUCUAAUGUAGAGAUCCGAUUUCAGAUGUGAUAAAUGGUAGCGCGAUUUUUCUUGACAAAUUAUCUUAUCGCUAGAUUGCCAGAUUCUUUUUUGUUAUUAUAUCCCAUCUUUCACUUGUUAAUAAUAAACCCAAGUGAUUUUAUUUACUUGGUAUUCAACAACUCUAUAAAUUUCUGCUCUGCAGUUUCGUUACUUGCACAAACGGUUUUACAUACUGUGGGAGAUUUGGUAGCCUUGAAGAUCUUUGAUUUGCCGAAACAGUACCUUUUAAUAAAUUUAAUUAUUAAGUUCACCAAUAACCAAUGAUUAUUAAUCAGAUUGAAAGCAUUCCGUUGCAGAUUGUAUUAACAUUUGGUCUUCGAAGACUUGUAAAUCGAAAAUUAAUCUACUGCACUGUGCAUCGCGCAUUGUAUUCUUCGCGGAAUCACAUGGCACGUGCUACUUCGGAACCAGUCAUACUUGUAAUUCCACCGUCCACCACGUGGCUGAUCGCAAUCUCGUAAACACACUUCGUAUCAGCGAUCUAGGAGAAUAUCGUUUCUGGCCUACUGAUCGAUCGGUUUAAUUCCGAAAGUCGCGUUUAAAGUUCCGAGACCGAAACCAGUAUAUCUUCGGUGAAUUCGAUCUACAGCGUAAAUAUGCACGAAUGAUCCUCGCGCCGAUUUCGUAAAUAAAUCCAGAGAUCAUUUUCGCGUGCCUGUAGCAACGAAAGUGAAUUCGUUGAGAUGAUAAUCUAUUAGCGGAACGAUUUGUCAUAUUGAAGAUUGGUGUGUAAAGAAUAUUAAUUGAUUCGACGCGAAAGAAGAUGGCUGGUCUACAACGCAGAAACUUUCUGAGAGACAAAUAUGAAAACAUUGGAUUAGACUAAUAAAAUAUGAGAUUUUUUCGACUCGCUUCCGAGACAGAAAAGUGAUAAUCGAGAAAACUUCGUAGGAGACAUUUCAACUCUUCGUAAACAACUAUUUUUUUUAAAGAGUUAAUAUCUCUUCUUCCUAAGAAGACGUUUUUCAAUUAUUAGCUUAAAGAAGCCUAUCCUACAGGAAAGGAUUACCUGAAAGAGAAAUUUACAGAAGCAUUUGCCGGAAAAAAAACAUUCAAAAGGUUACUUUCAGCCGGAGUAUUCAUAAACGGAAACACAUGUCGGAGAAAAAUUCUUGAAAAGAUUAUUAGACGUGCUAAAGAAAAAUUUUUAUAAAUACAUUCCUCGAUGAAAUAUAUAAUGAUAUGUGCUUAGAAAGAAAUGCUAUUAAUGAGAAAGAGAUAGUUGCACGUAAAACGAUUCACGAUGAUUUCAAGAAAUUCUUCUGGAGAUAUUCUAAGACUCCGAAAACACUAUUAAAGAACUAUCAGUGACAUUUUUAUCAAAGCGAAGGACGUAUACUUAUUUUCUCUUUCUCUCUCACUUUUUUCCCUUUGAAGAAACGUUUCUGAAAAAAAGAUUGCUUAUUUCUUCUUUUCUUCGCGAUCUCUGUGAUCGGUUCUCAUUUCCAAAUUGCUUUCCACUUCUGGAUUCGGUGGAGAUUGAUAAUCUCUUCGUAAUAGCCAAUAGAAUGACACCCGAGGUGUUCAUGCAAGCACCGCGGGACGUCGCGACGCUGGGUCGGCGAAUUGAGCGUCGUCGCAACUUUGGCUUUACGUAAUGUCAAUCUGUUGCUAUUGAUGCUGGUGCUACCAACACCGUCGGGUGGGACUCGUCAAGGUCACGGAAAACGCGUUGCAGACCCGUAAUGAAACGUCGUCACCGCAGCCAAAGCAGCCGUUGAUUCUACUAAUUUAGUGAGAAGCAAAGUGUUCCACCAAUCAAGUUGAACGAGCGGAAGCAUUUGAAGAAGAUGAAGUAGAUGAAGAGACCGAGUUAGUUCCAUAAAUCAAUCAAUUUAACGGGAUUUGACAGCUCGAGGAAAAGACGCAGAAGUAGAAGAGGAAAAAAAACGAAGAAAACUUACGAAACUGAGAAAAGUGCAAAAAAUCGGAUAAGAAAGUGAAAAACAGACGCAAACGACAUAAUCUUACCAAAAAUUGAGAAAACUUAGAAUACUUGAAAAUUUAAAGACAUUUAUAACGAAGAUAGACUUGUGUAUUAAAAAAAAAGGUUGUAUAACAUUCGUCGUACAAAGUGAAGUUGAAAUAGUUAAAAUAAUUCUAAAAUUAAUUGAAGUAAGAAAGAGACAUUUCUCAGAGGCAGUGCAACAAUGGCUGUAUUUUAACGACGUUGAGGAAGGUAGCUUUAGCAGAAAAAGUUCCAAGAAAAGCAGAAUAGGGACAGAUAAUAUAAGAUAGAUAGAAAGUUUUGGAGGGAGAGAGAGAGAGGAUCGAAAUUGAAGAAAAACAUCCACGAAAGCCUGAGAAGGAAACAAAGCUGAGAGAGAGAGAGAGAGAGAGAGAGAGAGAGAGAGAGAGAGAUAUCAUCGGCUGUUCUUGAAGAAAACACCCAUCGUUUCAAGGCGACAGUCGGCCUUACUCGUGGAGGACGUUGCAAGUGUCUUUUUCCUGUCGAGAUAUCAUCAGACACGUCUCAUCGUCUUCCUGGAUCAGCGAUCGCGUCUGAACGGCCUUCGCAGUAACGCUCCAGGAAUUCGCGAGAUUUGCGCACGCGUUUACUAAAGUUUCGGAACGGCGGCGGCGUUACGCGCGCGUGACGCUUGUUCGCGUUUGUUGUGUUGUUGUUAAUGAAAGUGUCGGGGCCCGUUUUCGCAGACUCGUCGCGACUCUCGGCUCGCGCAGACGCGCAUUACCGAUUCUCGCGCAUCGAGUGCACUCUCGUCGAAGUAGACACUUUCGGGGGAUUUUUAGAUCGUCUCAGGUUGGAAGACACCGAAUGACCGACAUUGCGACGCUCUGCAGAACUCGAGAGACUUUUGGACGCAGGCAGGACAAUGAGCGUUAGAAUUGUUGUGAGUGUCACUGAGCUCACAAACAUGGACGCCAAGGAUCGCUACGUCGUCGAAGGCAUCGCACUUUCCACAGCCACCGAUGAUGUGGGAGAUGGGCCUCCAGAGCACAACGAAACCGAUCCAUAUUCGUUGUCGCAUCUUGAACCACCCACCGGUAGUGUUUACAUGAUAGGUGGGGUGCUGAUUGCUAUGGUUCUGGUGGGCGUCUUAAUCGUUCUACUCGCCGUAACGAUCAGCAAGCUGCGGAAGCGCGAGGACCAUCACUCGAGCGCGAGUGCGGUGCACCCCGAGGCGACGGUGGUGCAGACAGCAACGUCGCUCUCAACGAUCGGGACACCAGCGAUCGGGACGCAUCCGGAUGGUUGCUGCACGCAGAUGUCCACGACCACCGUGUCGACCGACCUCGGCAACAGCGUUUGCGACGAGCAUGUAUUCGCCGCGACUACGGUGACGCCGUCCGCCAAUCCGGUCGAUCCGUUCGCGUGGCAAUUCCCGCCCCCGUACCCGCCCCCCCACAUGCCGCCGGCGCAGUACGCGUUGUACAACGAUCAGGAUACCCUUGUACACGGUUUGCCGUCGGACAGGUCUGGGUUUGCGAAGGGCUUCCGCAAGAAUCUUGGUGGACGCUGGCGUCGACUGGUGAAACGGAAAGCGGAGACGGAUACCUGUGCCAUUCCCCCCGAGCUGAAAGAUCAACUGAAGACCAUCUACGUCUAUUAAUGGCCAAAAGCCAUGUCCCGAAAAUCUGAGAGCCCCAAAAAGAAAUGUGAAUAUUACCGAUAAAGGAUCGAUAAAAACACAAGCUUUAUUAGUAAAAACAAGAGGCUCUAGUCAAGAAAUCGAGGAAAACGUGAAAAAGAUCAAAAUGAAAAAAAGAAUCAGGAAUGACAUAAAGGGAAAUCAAAAUAAAUGAUGAAAAUACAAAGAGUGUGAUAAUAACAUAAAAAUCGAGAUAGGAAAGAAAUUUUUGGAAACGUAUAGAGAUCGAAAAUCUAAAGAAACAGAAGAAAGUUCGGGAAACGAAUGGCAUAGGUGCCGAUACUGGCCAAUAGACAUAUCAGAAAGUGUGCCUGAAGAGGAUGCAAUGAAGUGCCUUCUUUUAUUCCACAAGCGCCUUCUCAUGAGACUGAUACCGCGAAGAAACCGCGAUACAUGGGUGCGACAAAGCGAGUUACCUCGUAGCUUCUGCGUAUAUGUUUUUGCGCAAUUAAUUAAUAGCCGACAGAUCGCUUCGGAUAGUUAACUAGUAUUAGCGCGUCGGCUGGAUUUACGAAAGGUAUGAGUAGCGCGCGAUCGAUUAUUUGAUAAAUUUGUGCGAUUCCACAAACUACUGCUUUUUAAUUAAUCCCAAUCGAACCUUGAUUUUUGCAACUUCAACGAAUCAGAAGUCGCGAGGGGAAAUUAAAUCAGAAAACUUUAAAUUAUUAUUUAUUAAGAGAGAACAACUUUCCUAUUGCAAACUAGUCGUAUACCGAAUGAGAAAACCUGCAGUUACUAAUGUGUCAUUGUGCGAAUUACAUUCUUUAACGAAGCAACACGAUGAAACCGGCAACGGUCCGUACUUUGUAUCAUCAUAAAUAUAUAGAGCGCCGUUCAAAGCUAAAGCUAAAGAUGAGAUAAUGUAAUUUAAGAAGGUCCUCUUUGAAUAUAAUUUCGUAUUUAAAGUAAAUCCUAUGGCUGGAACAAGCUUGAUCCACUUUGGUUUUAUACGCAUACAUGAAUUUUUUCUUGGGCACUUGACUCCCGGUUUAUCAUAUACGAAUGAAGUCGAUCGCUCGCUAUCUCAUUCCCGUAAUUGCUUUCGAGGCCGCCGACGUUAAAGUGUGCAGCGAUCUCUCUGGACAAAGGUCCGCGGAAUGUACGGUUUAAUCAAUGAAUGAACUUUGGUGUUCCUAAAAAUCCUCAGGGGUCUGCAGGGAGGUUCUAAGAUUCAAGAAUCUGAAGGAUUUUCCCGCCGUUAGAAUGGAAUGCGGCGCCUCGAAAUAAUACAAUAGGCCAAUUUAAAAUUAUCGAACUAUUACGACGGCUCAUAUUGAGUCCGCUUUAUUGAAACGCUGACGUGAUAUUUCAUUUGUGCGCUUGUGUUAACCCUUUGACUGCUAUUCAAUGCGUAUUCGACGAAUAAAGUAUUAUAAAGUAUGACUAUAAAUAUCAGCACAUUCUUAAAGAAAAUCUUAAGAGCUAUUUGUGAUAUUGAACAAUUAUUUCUAUAUUAUUUCUAUGCUAUUAUUCAACCUAAUAUUUAUACAUUUAAUUGAUAAUAUUUAAUACAAUAAUUUAAAAAUUAUUAAAUAUUCUAUAGAGUUAUUAGAAUUAAUUUUAGUAUCUUUGCAAACAAUAAGAAUGAUUCUGUUUAUAAAUGAUUUUAUUUAUAAAUGAUUUUGUUUAUAAACAGGUUGAAUAUACUUGAUUUUCAGUCAAAGGAUUAUGGCAUAGUAACACCAUGAAAGGAGCUUCUCGCGUCAGUAAUUAAUUAGUUUAAGGAAAUCGACGGAGAUGACAUUCGGUCGUUGGAGAAGUUCUGCAGAUUUAGUUAAUUAUUAAACUUAGGACACGCUUUGUAUUAACAUUUUACUAAAACGUAGAAAAAAUGGUGAUUAAAUUGUUUCCAUUGCAAAAAAUUAUUGGAAUUAUUUGCGAAUAAAUUUAGAAAUUAUUUUUGUAGUUUUUUUUAAUAGGAAUGAUUUCACAUAAUAACUGAUUAUUUGAUUCUUUUAUGUAUAAAUAUUGUUUCUCAUUAUUUUAUACAUAAUAGAUUUUUAAUUUUACUUUACACAUCUGCUCUAUUUAUUGGCACAGAUAUUUAUUUUUAUGCUGUAGAAAUUCUGCAAAAAUUGGCAGUACUUCACGAAUGAUCGAAAAUCCAGAGGAUAAUCCUCGAUAUAGUAUUGUAGAAUGUAAAUAGGAUAACGGGUGAUCCGUCGAUUUUUAGAGUUAUUUUUAAGGGCGUAACUGGCAAUAUUUCUUGCGACAGAUUUAACGAGAUGUUUUGUUGACUCGCGAUUUCAGUCCUUUUAAUAUAUCAUGUUUUAAAAAAAAAGGAAAAAAUUCCAAUUUUUUAUACAAAAAUACUCCAUUUUGACGUAUUAUCUAAGUGAUCUUACGACAAUCCAAUUUAUUAAACAUUGACAAAAAGGAUAGUAUUUAAAAGUGACUUUUGCGAAACCGGCCAAUAAUUGAGUUUAUCCUAUGCAUAUUUCUCUCAUUUCAAAUAGAAAAUAGAUUCAUAUUCUGAUAUUAUCAAUUGUUAAUGAUAUCAAUUUGUAGCGGGUAUUAUCGUCACACGAUAACGUAAUGUGAAAUUGCGUUACGUACAUACAAAAUUCAAACGUAUAAUGUUCGUUUUUAUUGCAUUCGAAAAUGCGAAUUCAGAAGUGCUUUCACGUAGAAAACAUCAUCGCAUGAAAUUAGUUGCAACACUAUGCCUGCGGUAAUGUAUUAACGGUCUACGGUGCGCUUUACACUCAGCGAUCAAAUUUCUGUGUAGAAUCAUACCUUUUUAUUUACUUUUUUUGUUUAAUUGUAUAGUUCAAUUGCUUCGUGUAGAACAAAAGGAAAAAAAAAAUCAAUGGGUCGCGUAUCACCACUAAGUGUUCUGUGAACGCGGAUAUGCUGAACAUCAUAGACCCAGAUUGUACAGUGUAUAGCAAGCCGUUUCUGUUCCCUUUCAUCUUUUUUUUUGUAAAUACGAAGUAUAAGGACGGAAGGGUCGUGCUUUCCGUCACCUAGUCACUCGCUCGAUUAAUAUUUUGUUGGAAUAUAGCUGUAACGACGAGAACUGAUGCAGCUUACUCUCCCCAAACAAUAAAGACGUCAAAUAAAGAAAAAGAUGUUACAAAACGAA